UUGUUUUUUAUACCAUAGAAAUAUUGGCACAACUUUCUAAAAGACAAGGUAUUGACCUAAUAACAAGCUAUCCAUGAACGUUUUGCUUGUAAACUAACCAUGUUUGAAUUUCAGGCGCAAACCCCACCCUGCGCGACCAAGGUCGUGGCUUCCGCGCAGACCAAUGGGCGCGCUUCUGCGGACGGUACUCAUGCGCAGACGCCAUCGAGAGGCAUGCGCGGCAGCGACUGCUCGAGAGGUCAACAGCCUACGGUCGAUGGGGAGGGGAUGAUCAGCGGACCACCGUUAUUAUGGGCAAGGUGAUGCCACUUCCUGUACCUAGGAUACCACAACAGGAACCGACACAUGGUAUAAAAUCCCGGCUCCGCAAAGUGUUUCGCACGUCUUCCGGCCCAGACAGCCAAUCGGACGCCCUCUCCAGCGCCCGGCUUGUCACGCAGCUCACUUCCGCCGCCCUGUGCGCUAGUUCCCCGGUACUUCCUUCCGGCGGAUCCGUACCGCCUGUCGUCAAGUCACUCAUUCGCCCGUUGACGGUGCCCCGCCUACAAAUCACGCUCGUUAAUAAUAAUGGAGAAUGCUCCACCCCUAAUCCGGACAGUGGGCGGAGUACGGAAAGUGGGCGGUGCGUAGACAGUGGCGGGAGUUAUGACACCGUGACUGAACAGAAGGAGGAGUUGCCGCCAGGCGUCAGGCCAGCUAGAACGAAGAAGAAAAAAUAGCAUGAGUGUUGUCUUUGCAAGUGGGAAUGAGACCGUAGAUGAAAUGAUGUAACAUAGCGAAGCUUUCCAGUCAAAGUCUGAUAAACUUCCUUCAUAUCGGGCUUUGACUAAUUAUAUCAGUAGCUUCAAGAUGACUAAACGAGAGCAGUCGAAAUCCGAAACUCAAAGAUUUUCAAAGCUGGGAUUUUUUAUUUUCAGAAUUAGGUAAACAAAAAGCGAAAAAUAAAACUAUCCAUUCGGUAAGGAAUGUCGAGUAGCUCCCUGACAUAUGUAUGUUGUUUGUAAAUACUAUUCAAGGUUGUCGCCAGACGAUUCAAAAGCACAGGUUUGUUAAUUUCUUCCUCAAUUUACAACAUUCGGCGCUAUCUAGGUCUUCUGCAGUGCUCAUUUUGGAUUUCCUGCAAAUGACCUUUGUACGAGAUAAACAUGUAUACGCGGUGCGGGAUGGAGACAUCCAGGAGAAUGAUAUGAAUUUUUAAGUCGCCGUAAACUGAUAUAAAAUCGACUUGGUCGUUAUUUAGCAAUUGCUGUAGAAAUAUGCUAUUUUCCAAGCGUGUUUCAAAAAUGAUGUUUUUUUUAUAACGAAAUGUCGUUUUUUAAGCAGUGCUUCUCAUGAGCUGAUUCUGUCUUCAUUAAAUCUGCGUCUGGUUCUUGGGUAAGUCAGUACUACUUUAUUUUUUCACAUAAUUGAUUUGAUGCAGAAAUUCAACCGAAAAAAUACUAAUACCUAAGUCAUCUUACCAGAAUAUCGAAUAAAUGUGGACAUCGCGAAUCUAGAAUCUUGAAUUUUGAGUAAUGUAAGCAAAACUGUUCUUGACUAUAUCUAAAUAUAAUUGACAUCAAGUAUAGUGUUCAGUACAUCCAUAUUUAUGAAAAACAGCUCCCGAUAAAAUUAAUCUAAUAAUUAAUACGUUAGUUAUAGUUGAAUACCAUGAAAUUAUAAGACUCUGAGUACUUUUACUCUGAUACAUUUUUAUGUUCUGUAUAUUUUCUCGACUUUAAGUCGCACUGUAAGCUAGGAUUUUUCGUAUUCUCUAUUUCGAAUGAGAAUUCUAUGGGAACAAUUACUGGAACAAGUUUUAUCCAAAACGGUGCUAUGACUUUGAAAUUGUAGGCCUUAUAUAUACUUUUGAACAUGUAAGAACUAUAUCAAUAAAGAAAACUAAAAUGUGAAA